AUGACUGACAACACGCAAGAACGUCGAGAACUGAGGACACUUCAACCGGAGGAUAUUGUCGGGAUGAAAGGACUCAGUGGAUCAGUAAUCUCGCCUGACGGUAAAUGGGCGGCGUUUGUCCGCGCUGUUCCCGUCCUUGAAACUGAAAAAAGCGAAUACCGAGGUCAUAUCUGGCUGGUUUCAACCGAUGGUGGUGAACCGUUCCAGUUGACGAACGGUCCCAAUGGGGACAGCAAUCCGCAAUGGGCACCUGACAGCACGCAACUCGCCUUUGUCUCAAGGCGCGGCGACAAAACGCAGAUCUGGAUUAUUCCGAUCACAGGUGGCGAGGCCAAGCAACUCACCCAUACAAAAAACGGCGCAUCAAAUCCGCAAUGGUCAUUUGAUGGGAAGCAAAUCGCAUUUCUCAAGACAGAGCAGGAUAGCGAGGCUGAUGAGAAGCGGAAGAAAGCCAAGGACGACCGAAUAGUCAUGGGGGUAGAUGACUUCAAGCAGCAGCACCUGUGGAGACUAACAGCGGGAGACUUUCACGUCAGCGAGCCGCUGGUGGUCGCCGGAUGGGAGCAGAUUGCCUUUGUCUCCGCACCUUCCCCAAAUGCAGAUGAUAUGAUGUUCAACGGGAUUGUUCACCUCGUUGACAUCGAAACCAAGAACGUCCGGAAAUUGACAGCGCACACCGGCGGUGAAAGUUCGCCGCGUUGGUCGCCGGAUGGGGGGCAAAUCGCAUACUUACACAGCCCAGAACGGUAUGGACAGAAAGAUCUUCACAUCAUUUCAGCGGCAGGCGGCGCAUCAACAAACCUGACCGCCAUCCAGCUCGAUCGUAACGCCGAUGCACCAGUCUGGUCCCCGGAUGGAGAGGCUAUCUACUUCAUCGCAAUGGAUCGGGUGCGUUGGCAGCUUUAUUCCGCUGCAAAAGCUAAGGACGAAAUUCGUCAAAUUACCCGUGGCGAUUAUGUCAUUGGCGGGAUUUCCAUCGCCGAUGAUAGCGAUACAUUCUUGUGUACUCGCAGUGAGCCAUACGCUCCAGCGGAUGUUUGCGUAGGGUCUAUCCGCACAGGUGAGAUGAAGCAGCUUACGAAACUCAAUCCACAACUAGAAAACGUCGCGCUCGGUGAAGUGCAGGUGAUUCAGUGGCAGAGCAGCGACGGACUUGAGAUCGAAGGUUUGCUCUGUUUGCCUGUUGGCUAUGAAGCGGGUAGAAGCUAUCCACUCAUUGUUGAGCCACACGGCUGGGUACCCCGUAGUUCACGCGAUUUGGGUUUCAAACCGACAUGGCACUAUUUCAGUGGCGAAGGCUUUGCUUACUUUGCACCGAACUUCCGCGGCGGAGAUGGGUAUGGAAACGACUUCGCCACAGCGAAACUAUAA